AUGUACAGUACGGACCGUAACGAGUCAGACUGUAACGAGUCAGACCGUAACGAGUCAGACCGUAACGAGUCAGACCGUAACGAGUCAGACCGUAACGAGUCAGACCGUAACGAGUCAGACCGUAACGAGUCAGACCGUAACGAGUCAGACCGUAACGAGUCAGGCCGUAACGAGUCAGACCGUAACGAGUCAGGCCGUAACGAGUCAGACCGUAACGAGUCAGACCGUAACGAGUCAGACCGUAACGAGUCAGACCGUAACGAGUCAGACCGUAACGAGUCAGACCGUAACGAGUCAGACCGUAACGAGUCAGACCGUAACGAGUCAGGCCGUAACGAGUCAGACCGUAACGAGUCAGACCGUAACGAGUCAGACCGUAACGAGUCAGGCCGUAACGAGUCAGGCCGUAACGAGUCAGACCGUAACGAGUCAGACCGUAACGAGUCAGACCGUAACGAGUCAGGCCGUAACGAGUCAGGCCGUAACGAGUCAGACCGUAACGAGUCAGACCGUAACGAGUCAGGCCGUAACGAGUCAGGCCGUAACGAGUCAGACCGUAACGAGUCAGACCGUAACGAGUCAGACCGUAACGAGUCAGACCGUAACGAGUCAGACCGUAACGAGUCAGACCGUAACGAGUCAGGCCGUAACGAGUCAGACCGUAACGAGUCAGACCGUAACGAGUCAGACCGUAACGAGUCAGACCGUAACGAGUCAGGCCGUAACGAGUCAGACCGUAACGAGUCAGACCGUAACGAGUCAGACCGUAACGAGUCAGGCCGUAACGAGUCAGGCCGUAACGAGUCAGACCGUAACGAGUCAGACCGUAACGAGUCAGACCGUAACGAGUCAGGCCGUAACGAGUCAGGCCGUAACGAGUCAGACCGUAACGAGUCAGACCGUAACGAGUCAGACCGUAACGAGUCAGACCGUAACGAGUCAGACCGUAACGAGUCAGACCGUAACGAGUCAGACCGUAACGAGUCAGACCGUAACGAGUCAGACCGUAACGAGUCAGGCCGUAACGAGUCAGGCCGUAACGAGUCAGACCGUAACGAGUCAGGCCGUAACGAGUCAGACCGUAACGAGUCAGACCGUAACGAGUCAGACCGUAACGAGUCAGACCGUAACGAGUCAGACCGUAACGAGUCAGACCGUAACGAGUCAGACCGUAACGAGUCAGGCCGUAACGAGUCAGGCCGUAACGAGUCAGACCGUAACGAGUCAGACCGUAACGAGUCAGACCGUAACGAGUCAGGCCGUAACGAGUCAGGCCGUAACGAGUCAGACCGUAACGAGUCAGACCGUAACGAGUCAGACCGUAACGAGUCAGACCGUAACGAGUCAGGCCGUAACGAGUCAGACCGUAACGAGUCAGACCGUAACGAGUCAGGCCGUAACGAGUCAGGCCGUAACGAGUCAGACCGUAACGAGUCAGACCGUAACGAGUCAGACCGUAACGAGUCAGACCGUAACGAGUCAGACCGUAACGAGUCAGACCGUAACGAGUCAGACCGUAACGAGUCAGACCGUAACGAGUCAGACCGUAACGAGUCAGGCCGUAACGAGUCAGGCCGUAACGAGUCAGACCGUAACGAGUCAGACCGUAACGAGUCAGACCGUAACGAGUCAGACCGUAACGAGUCAGACCGUAACGAGUCAGACCGUAACGAGUCAGACCGUAACGAGUCAGACCGUAACGAGUCAGGCCGUAACGAGUCAGACCGUAACGAGUCAGAGCAGACCAUUGCUGGGACUCUGGGUCUUUCAGUGGAUCAGGAUUUUUUUACUUUGAUGAAACAAUAA